GAUCUAGCUAGCAUCGUCGAUCAUGGACUCCAACACUCAGGCUUCGAAGCUAGUAUUGUACUCUUUCUGGCAAAGCUCGUGUUCGUGGCGCGUCCGCUUUGCCCUAAACCUCAAAGGGCUUCCGUACGAGUACAGAGCUGUCAAUCUUGUAAAAGGAGAGCAAUUUUCUCCAGAGUUUGAGAAAUUAAAUCCUCUUCGCUGCGUUCCGGUGUUAGUCGAUGGUGAUUUCGUACUUUCAGACUCCUCUGCGAUCUUGCUGUAUUUGGAAGAGAAGUAUCUCCAGAAUGCGCUAUUGCCGGUUGAUCCUAAACUACGAGCUGUCAAUCUUCAGGCUGCAAGUAUCAUCAGCUCCAGCACACAGCCCCUUCAUAUGUUAUCAGUGCUGAAGUAUAUAGAGGAAAAAGUUGGUCCUGGAGAGAAAUUAUCAUGGGCUCAACAUAAUAUAGAGAAAGGCUUUCAUGCUCUUGAAAAGUUGCUGAAAGGUUGUCAUGGGAAAUAUGCUACAGGAGAAAAAGUAUACAUGGCUGAUGUAUUUUUGGCCCCACAAAUUGCUCUAACUACUCUGAGGUUUAAUAUUGACAUGUCCAAGUUCCCUACUCUAAGUAUGAUAUAUGAAUCAUGCAAGGCUUUACCCGAAUUCCAAGCUUCUAUACCCGAGAGACAACCUGAUGCUGUACAGUUAUCCUGUUUGUAUCCGAGACUAAAUAAUUGAAGUUUUGUUUUGGCCUCGAGGACUUGCAUCCAGCCUACAUCAUGCUGUUGCCAUGUGAGCUUCUUGCACUGUCUUCAUAAAAAUUUUUAAAAAAAAAAAAAAACAUUAUGAUUAGUUGGGCCCUUCCCAUAUGGCCCCAUUGUCGGGGCAUAAGCGCCCUCUUGCUACCCAUAUGUUGAGGCACCAUCUUUAGCCUUCCCUAACCAAGAUUGCUUCCACACUUGUAGUGUGAGACCAGAGCUUAGGAGCCUUAAUAUUUUUAGAAUUUCAUCCAUUUACUUCUAUGGUUAUGCUGCCUUCUUAUGAAUUGGGGGAAUCUGAAUAAAAUACCUGCAAGUGUUUUUCCUUGACUGAUAUUUUCAAAGUCCAUGUGAGAUUAGUUUAAAACAUAAUAUGCCAUCUUCUAAGCUAAACUAAGCGGGGUGAAUUAGCCACAAUUUUUAUCUCACUGGGGGUAAACCGUGUCUGAAGGUACAGUGCAAUGUAAAUGGUUUUGGUUUUGAGAGGGAUGUUAGUUGCCGUUAGAUGAGUCUAUUUAAAAUUAUCG